AUGGAGACCACCCUGAGUAGAACCAAUAGCUCCAUGUUACAAGUGUCUGAGUUUAUUCUACUGGGGUUCCCAGGCAUUCAUGAGUGGCAGCACUGGCUCUCCUUGCCACUGACUCUACUCUACCUCUUGGCCGUUGGUGCAAAUCUCCUAAUCUUGAUCACUAUCUACCAUGACUCUUCCCUACAUCAACCUAUGUAUCAAUUUCUUGCUGUCUUAGCUUUUGUGGACAUUGGCUUAGCUACUACUAUAAUUCCCAAGAUCCUUGCCAUUUUAUGGUUUGAUAAUAAGGCCAUCAGCCUUUCUGCAUGUUUUACUCAGAUCUAUGCCAUCCAUAAUUUUAUGGGCAUGGAGUCAGGCAUCCUUCUCUGUAUGGCUGUGGAUAGAUAUGUAGCCAUUUGUUAUCCACUUCGUUACCAGACCAUAGUCACAAAAGCUUUUGUGAUCAAGUUCACAUUGUCUAUGAUAGUAAGGAAUGGCCUGUUGACCAUCCCUGUGCCUGUAUUGGCUGCUCAGAGACACUACUGUUCCAAAAAUAAGAUUGACCACUGCCUCUGCUCUAAUUUAGGAGUCACUAGCCUAGCCUGUGAUAGCAUCACUAUUAAUAAGUUUUAUCAGUUGUUUUUGGCUUGGUUUAUGUUUGGGAGUGACAUGGGUCUGGUGUUUACUUCUUAUGUCUUUAUUAUUCGUUCCGUUCUGAAGCUAAAGUCUGCUGAAGCAACAUCUAAGGCUCUGAGUACUUGUAGUUCUCAUAUCAUCCUCAUAUUAAUUUUCUACACAGCUAUUGUUGUGGUAUCUGUAACCCACCUAGCAAGAAGAAAAUUUCCCUUAGUCUCAGUUUUUCUCAAUGUACUACAGAGUAUCAUUCCUCCUGCCCUUAACCCUAUGGUAUAUGCCCUCAGGACACAGGAGCUGAGGGUAGGUUUUCAGAGGCUGUUUGGUCUGAGUGAUACUGUGUCUAGGAAGUGA